GCUGACGAGCUUUUUGGACCAAUCACAUCCAUCCGGCAUCAUGGACAUGUCACAAAGCAUAUCCCAUGGACCGUGUUUAGCCUUAAGUCAUCAGACUGGGAGCACGUGAAUGAUACUCAAGUUAUGAUAUCAGAUGCCAAUGACAUCCAACAAUACUUCUCUUCUGAAUGCCUGCCAACACUAUGGCGUGCAAUACCUGCUAUGGAGGAACUGCAAACAGCUUGGGAAUCGAAGUGCGGACUUAUACAAUUUGUGUUGUACAAGGAAGCCCUUCAACGUGGUCUCACAAAGAUCGAAAAGUAUUACAACAAGUUGGAUGAUAAGCCAGUCUAUGCUCUUGCCCUUGUGCUGCACCCAUACUACAAACUCGCAUAUAUCAAGAUGGCAUGGGGAGGUCCUGAAGAACAAGCCAGAGAGCAUGCUGCAGGAAAUCAAAAUGCCAAAGACUGGCAUGAUGAAGCACUCAAGGUAGUUGAAAAGACAAUGAAGGAAUAUUAA